GAUAAGACUUCAUAGCUGAAGAAUUCUUUUCAAAAUGAGUUCAAUAAAAAAUUUAAUAACAAAAAAAAUCACUAUGAGAACGUAGUUAUACUAUGUGCUUCUACACAAAGACAGGAGACAGUGUUUAUUCCAGUAUCUAUGUGAAAAGCAAAGUAAAAAUGCAUCACCAAUAAAAUAUCCAUAUACAGAUGAGCUGAAAGUACAGUAAAAGUGUGGUAAUACCAACUGACUUGUUGAUGAUUUCUCUCUUGUUGGAAUGAAGAUUGCCAUGUACAUGUGCAUCAAAUAAAGUAACAUCUUCAGAUUGGAGAGCUUUCUGGAAAUCAAAGGCAAAUCAAAAGUAUCCCUGGAAUUAUCAGGAGAUAGAGUAGCAGAGUAGCUCUGGACUCUGGAGGAGAUAAUACUCACAGAUUCAAAUAUAAGUGUUAGAGUCAUGAUGAUACAUAACUGAUGUCACAAUGAUCUGAUGUCACAAUAACAAUUGAUGUCAUGAUGUUAUCACAGGGCGACAAUUGUGUGAUUUUUGUGGAAAAUGCUUGGAAGAAGGACCUAUGUAGAAACUGUCUACGUCCCAAGAUAGAACACAAUGUUGGGAGCACAGCAUCUUUAUUGAGAAAACCUCCCAAAUCACAAACUAGCAUCGAUGAAAAACUUACACAUGGUAAAAGGAAGGAGCCAAAUGUUACUAGAAAAGUUCUCGGGUCCUCUAGUUUAAGCCAAUCAAGUUUCACAUCAAAGCCAACAACAACAAAACAGGCUAAAAGUGCACUGAAAAGAUCUAAUGCAGGGCAAAAUAAAUCACUAAAUGUUGGAUUCAGCAAAAGUGAGGAUUUAAUUGGGACAAAUGGUGGGAUACUCUAUAGCAGUGAAGAUGAUGACAUUGAAAACAAUAAUAAUGCCAACAGCGACGACUCAAAUGAUGAACCUAUGUCAUCAGAGGAGCGAGAAAUGGCAAAAUUAACUUUCGAAAACACAAACUGGAAUUCUGAUCCUCAUAACCUCAAAGUGAAGACAAAUGGAAACAUCAUCAAGCGUGAGGUGAUUCAACCUGCAAAAGAUCCUGCUUUACACACAAGAAAAUCGCCACCACCUCAAGCUUCUCAAACUUUCAACAGAAUAACAAAUAUUAACAUCAAAGAAGACACUGACAAUGCUCCUCCAAGACUCAGAGUAUCUGAGCAUGAAUAUUCUGAAAUCGCUGAAAUUCAACGAACAAGUGCGGAGAUUUCGAGAAAGUUUAACGAUCAUGAUUAUAGUUCAUUAUCCAGCAGGGAGGGCACCCCUGAGAGAUCUCAGGGAGCAUACUAUAAUGAAAAACCUGUUCCCUCAGGUCAUACAUAUUCUGAGGUACUCUACAACAAAGCUGCAGCGAGCCUUGACUCUGAUAGUAUCGCAUCUUCAAUGUCAAUUUCAAGCAAUAAAGGGUCAUCAGAAAACAGUGGAGACAAUGCCUCAAAAACUGACAUCUCGUCAGAUAGAGGAACCCCAACUAAAGAUGAUAACGACUUUCCAGAUGCUACACCAUAUAAAGUUGUAGAUAUUGAAUUGAAAGACAGUAAUCCAGUUCCUUACACUGUGGUUGAUGUAUCAUCUAUUGAUGCAGCACCAAUUCAGAAUGAGGCUCCUAAAGUGCCAGAAUUGCCCCCGCCAAAUGAUGAGAAGAAAAAGAAGAAAGGAUCAUUCCUCUUCAGACACUUUAAAAAAUCAGAUAAACAAAAUGUGGAAUUGAAAUCAAAGAUCACUAUAGAUGCAGAUAACACGGAUACUUAUCAAAAGUCAAACAGUCCAACAAAACCAGGCGAAUCCUUCAGGAAACUCAAUAAUGACUUUACAACAAAUUUUACACCACAGUCAUCUUUCCUGCAUAAUAAUGUAGCAGCCAGGAAUGCAAUUAACUCUGACAAAUCAAAACUGACUUUGGAUAAUCCAAAUGAGCAAUCUGACAUCAAGCCAUUGCAACCUGAUUUUAAAAUAACAAAACAAAUAAAUAUUGCCCCUGACCCAUCUAAAUGUCCGGCUACAACUGGUAUACGUGAAAGCACUGGAUCACAUGCAUAUGAACCUAUUGAUGAACCAACAAUAUCAAAAGCAAUAUCCAACCCACCCCUAAAAGCUGAAAACCCAAAAGUUGAACCAGAUGAUAAGCUUAAUGCUGACAACCAGAAACCCAAAGAGGGCACAAAUAAUCCAGAGAAGCGUACAAGUACUGGAGUCAAACAAACAAUUCCAAAAGAGUUCCAGGAAAAGAUCUUAAGUAUUGCUAAUAAUGUUGACUUUAAAACAGGGAAAGCGAGACCCCUGAGACCUGCCCCACCACCUCCUCCUCCACCAACACAAUCCCAACAACCCCCACAGUCCCCACCUGUUUCAGACAUGCACGUUGUCAAUGUACCUGAGGGUAAACUUGGAUCUCCUUCUAACAAGAAAAAGUUUGGAGUGAAAACCACAGAAAUUCAAGAUCCAGUCCCUGGAAAUUCUAAGAAAACCAAAAAGUCUGGGAAGUCAUUUUUUAAGAAGUUCUUAAGAAAGGGAAGUAACCUGGAGCCGAGUAGUUACAACUUUGGUAAUUCUGGUUCAAGUGAUAUUCCUGGCAAUACUAUUGUGACAGAUAGUGACAAUUCUGGUGGUUCUACCGACGAUGAAAUGGAACACGAAGCAAUCCCGGAAUGCACCAGUGACCAACAGGGUGGGGAUGUUCAACUUAUCAAAUCAAAAUUCAUUUCAACUUUCGCGACAAAAAACGACAAUCUUUGUAAUCCCAAUAAAGAUAAGUUGACCAAAGUAACACUAAAAUCUACUGAUUCUAUAUGUGAAUCUUCCACUGAUACUGUGCAUAAGCCUACUCUCAAAAAGAGUGCCUCCUACUCAAUGGGAACUUUCGAUGAUAAAAUAUUAACAGACACGGAGGGUGAGCCCAGAAGAAAGAACAGUGUUCAAGACAGGAUUAAUAGAUACCGUGAAGCCACCUCCCAGGAGAGUACCCCAGAGAAGCCUAUCAAUAACACCAGGAGACCACGGAGGACCCCAUCUAUGAAAUCACCUCCCCCAUCCCCUCCUGUGAAAAAAAAUCCAAACAUUAUUCCAAGAAAACAAUCAGAUUCAGAGACAGACACAGCCUCGUCAUCUCUACUGUGUCAUAGUAACCCAAAAAGUCCUAAGGGCAAAAUCAAAACUAAACAUAUUGGCAAAUUACGCCAGAACAGCUCUCCUGCACUGACUAUCAGUGCCCCUAUUCUUCAUAGCAACCUAAAACGUGCAGCUUCAAUUAAUGAGAACACAGAAGCGACAGCAUCUGCCUGUGCCCAACAGAGAAAGACCAGACCUGUUGUGUAUAACAAAAAGAAGGCUGGAUCUGACAAUGAGGUGAAAAGGUCAAGGUCAGCAAGCGGUGGUCUGCCUGGUCCAAGAUCUUUGAGAUCACCCAGUCCUGUAAGACCCCCGCAACCUCUUUCUAGAGUGCGCUCAGUUACAGAUGGACUAAUCGGAGCUAGUUUCAAGCGACCAACACGGCCACCCCCUCCUAAACGAGAAGAUCUAGUUUCACCAGUCAAGCAGGAGGCAGAGUGUGACAUUGGUGAAUGUGACAACAAAGAGAUGAAUGAUAGGACUGACAACACUCAUGUACAUUUGGAGGGUGUGUGUCAAGAUGAUGUUGCCCCUAUAGAGGAUAUUCCCAAUUCACCCCCUCCCGUUCCCCCUCACUCUGAUCUCCAUGGCUAUGAGCCUGUCACCCUCCCCGAUGAUCCAACUUUACAGAGCAACAACAUUAACAUCAACGAACCUCACAAAUUGAAGAUUCUCACAGGACAUAGCACCGAUAACAUUUAUGAUAUGAUAAACGAAUAUGCCGUUACGGAAAAUGGAAAUAUGUCCCAGAAUUCCUCAUCGACAAAUUCACCUGCGUCUACAUCUUCAUCUCCUGAUGAAUACCUUGUACCUGUGAAAUCGCCUCCAAGUGACCAUAAUGCUAAUUGUAAAGUGACCCAACAUAAAGACAGUGAAGACUCUGACAGUGAUAAUAAUGAGGCUAACAACAAUGUACCAACAGGACAAGAGACUGACAAUGAACCUCGCCCAAAACCAGCUCCAAGGAGGUUGAUUCCACGCACACGCAGCACCAGCGAGACAUAUAUUCUCAUGUAUAAUGGCACGCAGCAUGAAUACGAUAACAUACCAACAGAGAAUGCACCCACUAACAUUUCAGAAGGUUUCGAACGGAUAUCAGAACUCAACAGUAAAGCAUUUCAAAGUAUAACAGAGACAAUUGAAAUACCUGUUAGAAAGGAGAGUGUAUAUAAGAGACAUUAUGGACUUUCAGAUUUUGUGAUAAAGACAGAGGAAGGGGUAUACAUACAUGAUGAUAUUUCGCUGUUCCCUGCAUCUCUCCAGAAGAUACCGGACCGGAAAUGUGUCCUUAUGAUUUCAAAAAAGGUGUUGCCAGCAGAUAUCAUCAGCUUCAGUCAUUCUAAUGUCGUCAAUGUCCAAAAUACCUUCAUAGACAAGGCGCCAUCUAUAUUACUCCACCCAUCACUACAGGAUACAAACCAUGCUGGAGAACCGCUUAACAUGCAUGCUUCUUUGGGUAUACUUAUGUAUGACUCUGUAGAGACUUUAUCAGAAUGUUUAGAGCUAACAAGACAUGUUUAUAAGGAUAAGAUUGAUCUCCAUGAGCGUAGUGCCUGUUUCAUAAUGUUACAAGUGUUACAUAGUGUGCAGUACUUACAUGAACGAGGCUACACAUGUGACAGUUUCUCAACUAAGGACACCCUUGUGGCAAUAUCCCAAAACAAUGAAAAACAUGUGAUAGUCUGCCCAGUUCUACGUAAGCAGAUAUCUGCUGACCAGGAGUGGCAGAACACAACAGAUGGACUUGCUAAUUUAGUUUCAGAACUCUGUGAUGUUCAGUACACUGGAAAACGAACAUCAAGAACCAGUGAUCUUUAUAGCUCAAGGACCCCUUAUACACGAGGACUUUUCAAAGUAUUGCAGUUAUUAUACCAGGGGUCUUCUGAGUGCCUCAAAAAAUGCAUGACAAUUUUAGAGUUUAUGCUAUGGGGUCCUUGUGAAGAGGAUAUAAAAACGAUGACCCUAGCAGAGGAUCGAGUUCAAGCAUUUCAUGUUUGGCUUACUGUUGAGCAAACUCGUAUCUUAAAUGAUACAACAAUCAAACUACUGAAUGGGACAGGGAAGUUAAGAUUAGAGGAAAUAUUACAGACAAAAUACUUGAACCAGUCCAAUGGACAGAGCUUAUUUCAAACAACAAGAUUGUUAUUCAAGUGAUCCCAAUACAAAGAAGAUAGCAAUAAAGUGGCCUUCCUGUCAACCUAGGCUGUGUGGGCUCACUGUUUGUUACUGUGUGAAUACUUUGGGGUAGAGAUUGAGACACUGUUUGGUUAUAUGGUUGGCAACAAAAAUAGUUUGACAGCAAAUCCCACAUCAGACCAAAUAUAAAAAUAGAGCUAAAAAAGUUGCCAUGUGGUGGCAAAUGGUGAGCCCACAUGGCUAUUGACAGCUAUUUUAAGGGAUGAACCUGAGAAAUUGGUACUUUCAGAAAAGGUGGAAAAUAACUUUUCUAUAAAGGUUUAUUGCAUGGAGAUACAAUAUAUGUCAGUUCCUAAUGACAAUGCUGAAUAAGUUUAAUAAUCUUAGAUAUUAUCAUAUUAAUACAGUAAACUGUUAUCUGGACUUAACAUACAUACUACAGAUACUGCAUAGGUUAUAAUUAACCCUAGAAGCCCUAAGGUUGAAAAAGUCACAGGAAAGUACCCUAAUGGGGUCAAAAGCCCCCCCCCACCACUUAAAUCAUAAUAAAUUAAUUACCCCAUGUACAACUCUCUCAGAACAUGUGUGUUAUAUCUGUAGCUCCAGGUACUGGUGAGAAUUUGAGGAUCCUACAUGAUGCCUAUAUCAGGGGACCCCUCCCCCAUAGGCCUUCUAGGGUUAAUGUGCAUUUCGUUCAUCCCAGCUAUCAAAGUGACAUAAAAUCAUCAAUGAAUAAAAUCAUCAAUGAAUAAAAUCAUCAAUGAUGAUCAUUUCCAUAAUGAGAAGAUGUAACUAUAAGAAGUAAAAUUGUAAAAAUAUAUUUCAAAUGUUUGCAUCUGACACAUACAUUGUAUUAGCACAUAAUUAUUUAACAAAGUAUGAUAAUAUAAAUGUUAUUGCAAUGUAAAAUAUGAGAGUGAACAGUAAAUGCAUUUAAUACUAUAUGAUGCUCAACCCAAAUAUUCUUCAUCUGAUAUUCAUAUUACAUGUACUUAUCCAUAUACUAUUUUUAUGUAGCUUAAUGUAAAAUACAUAUUUAAAAUGGAACCUAUUAAAUGAAAACG